AGCUGUGACGUAGCAGCCGGUCCCCCUUAAGUGAGUGACCUUCCUCUCGCCCGCCACAAGACCGGUCACCCCGCAGAGAGACGACCCAGCCCGAGACUCAGAGACUUUAACCCGCUACAGAGAGACCUUAACCCGCUACACACAGGUGAUCAUGGGAGACGCUGCCAAGGGAAAGAAGGUUUUCGUCCAGAAGUGUGCGCAGUGCCACACAGUUGAGGCGGGCGGCAAGCACAAGGUGGGCCCCAACCUCUGGGGUCUGUUCGGCCGCAAGACCGGCCAGGCCGAGGGCUACUCCUACACGGAUGCCAACAAGAGCAAAGGUAUCGUAUGGGGUGAAAACACUUUGAUGGAGUAUCUGGAGAACCCCAAGAAGUACAUUCCUGGUACCAAAAUGAUCUUCGCUGGCAUCAAAAAGAAGGGAGAGCGCCAGGACCUCAUUGCAUACCUCAAAUCUGCGACAUCAUGAAGAAGUUGCAAAGAUCUCAAUAUUUAUUAUUUUAUUAUUUGGCCCCUACAUGUUCAAUACAAGGUUUUUUGUUUAGUUAUUUGCACAGGUUUAUUUAUGUUACUUACAUUUGGAAAUGUAAAGUGCUAAUUUA